CAGCUGUCCAUGAUUGUGUAGUGUGGGAGCCAGUGAGAGUUUGGGUACGUGCGAGAUGCAGCCAUAGUCACGCUACGCCGUCUGACUAGAUAUAACCUGCUGGGAUCGUUUGUGCCGCAGCGCAUCACAGCCGACGGAAAGGUGAGCCACAGAGCCUGUGGACGUGAGGCAUCAUGGCAGAGCAUCAGAGGCAGCGCUCUCUGUCCACCGCCGGUGAGUCUCUCUACCUCGUGCUGGGAGUGGAGAAGGUGGCCACGCCGGAUGAUAUUAAGAGAUCUUACAGGAAACUGGCGUUGAAGUUCCACCCGGACAAGAAUCCAGACAACCCAGAGGCCGCCGAUAAGUUCAAGGAGAUAAACAGCGCUCACGCUAUUCUGAAUGACCCCACAAAGCGUAAUAUUUAUGACAAAUAUGGUUCUCUUGGACUGUAUGUGGCCGAGCAGUUUGGAGAGGAGAAUGUCAACACUUACUUUGUCCUUUCAAGCUGGUGGGCAAAGGCUCUGUUCGUAUUCUGCGGUCUGGCCACCGGCUGCUACUUCUGCUGCUGCCUGUGUUGCUGCUGUAACUGCUGCUGUGGCAAAUGUAAACCACGACCUCGGGAGGGCCAGGAGCAGGAGUUCUACGUGUCCCCCGAGGACCUGGAGGCUCAGCUGCAGUCCGACGAGAGAGCAGAGGCUGGGGGCGACCCCAUCAUGCUGCAACCAUCAGCGACAGAGACAACCCAGUUAACAUCGGACGGGCACCACUCCUAUCACACCGACACCGGCUUCAACUAAACCCCGCGCCCCCACCCAACCCCCCCGUCAAUCCUGGCCUGCGGUCCUGCCUGCUUCCCCGCUCCGCCUCCGUGAGAUGUAAGAAGGGGGCAAUCCAUCUUUCCACUUCAGAGAGGGUGCGCCGUGCGGAGGAGAGGGGACUAGUAAGCAUGGCCCAUGAAAGGAACUUAUGACGUCGCAUUCCUUCCAACCCCUUUCCCCCGAUUGGUCCACAACGUAUCCCCCCCCCACCCCCCGGUACAAGACGAAAAGAGAAACCCCCUAUGUCUCGUUUUUAUCUCUUCUUUUGUAUUUCUCGGCCUUUAACCGCACAGGUCGCCUACCCCACCUCCCCCCCCGCACUUUGCAUCAUGGUGUAGCAUGCACUGUUUAUAAACCUCGGUCUCCAGAUUUUCUUUAGUCUUCUGCAACAUUUUUACUUUGCAAGACUUAUAGGUGCAUACGUAUGUGGAAUAUAUUCAAAUGAGCACAGUUCUGGCGAAGGAGGCGGGGGAGGGGGGCGAGGUUUGCGUGUUAUUUAAUGCAGAAGGAGAGAUCCACUGCUCAGGGAGGAGCUCAAAGAGAUGCGCUUGUGUGCUGAGGUGAUCGAUGUCAUCAUUUAAACCCUCGAGAUCAGAGUUGUCAUUUUCAGUGCAAUUUGCUCAUCCGAUUCGCGAUCAGUGCUACUUCAGAUGAAUGCCGGCUGUGGUCGGACCUGCAGCACGUCUCUGGCUUUGGUUUGUUUGUCUGUGGUGGCUCCCAUGAGAGUUUAGUCACUCACGAGGUUGUUAAGGCACAGAGCUUUACUUGCAGACAUUUGUUUCAUAAAUGCCUGCUGGCGUAACAUUCUUGUUAUUAAUUAGCACUGGCUUUCCGUUCCUCUGCCUCAGCUUUAUUUCAGCUUCCCUUUGCAGGAUGGAGACCACUUUCCUGCAGCACGGAACAGGUCGUCAUGACCGUUAUUGUCAAGGUAAUUUUAAUGUUGGUUACAAAAUGUUGCCUAUUGCAUCGAUCUAUGUCAGUUUUUGAGCCCGGGUGGAUUAGUUGUAGUGUGUUGAUCUAUUGUCACUUAAACCUAACAAGAAUUUUUGUGUCCUUUUUUAUAUUUGUUUCUUUUUUUGUCAAAUCAGCAGUUACAUCUGAUAGAUGCAAAACAAUUGACAUUGGAUUCAGAAAUGAGAAAAUUCUGCUUUUUAAGGAGUCUCAAAAAAAAAUAGGUUAAUUGAUAGUUGAAUGAUUUACUUAUCUUCAGUGGCGGAAAUGUUAUCUUACAUUUGUCCAUAGUUAAAGGUAAACAUCAAGGUUACUCUGACAUAUGAUGACUUACUGCUCCUUUUUCCUUUCUUCAUAACCACGACAAACCUUAUUUAAUUCAGGGACGUCACAACUAAUUGACACUCAAAGAUAUUAAUUUAAUUUAUAUAUUCCUGUUAUUUCUGGUUGUUUAUUGAUCUUGAUGAGAGCCGUCGAUAUGAUGAAAUAACGGGUCUAUAUCAGCAGCUUGUUCAGCGGGUGACAUGUUUUCAACGGAGCUGUCUUGAAUAUGUGAAGUAGUUAAUGUGUUGUGGAAAAACAAAAACAUGUUGCACUCUUCUUAGCUGGGUAAUAAAGCUGACCACAGAACAUCGACAAGGGGAACGUUUUAGGUAGUGAAGAAUAUGAUUUACAUCAUGUUGUUAGUCCUCGUGUUUUGAACUGAAGUCUGAUGACAUAUUGUCCUAUAUACUGUAAUCGUUUAUCAUUGUUGACUUUUUUUUAAUCCAUGUAGAGUAAGAAACUCGUCCAGCAUAUCAUCUGUGAGCUCUGUGCCACAGGCAGCUCCACGCAAAAACCACUCUAGAUUUUUCAUACUACUGAAUUUGCAUACAUUGUCACAGUUUUGCAAAUGGCCAUGAACGUCUUCGCCACAUUGUCCGUUGCAUAAAUGCUAAUACUGUGUUUCAAUGGUUUACAUUAGGUGAGCUCCCGUUGCCCACCCUCUGCUAUUAACGGUAUGGAUGUUGACCUCUGUGGCCCUCGUAUGAUGUUUCCUGUAACCCUUGAUGAAACAUAGAUGUUCCUGUCAUGGCUUUUUCAUAGAGCUACUGAAAGAUGCUACUGUCAAUGUUCUAAGUUGAAUGCACUGUGUGUUUGGAAAAAAAAAAAGUAACUAUAAUGGAUCAAUGAUCAGGAAAUCACUCCUCAAAAAUAAAUAGUAUGUAUAGUGAAAUGGUUAUAUGAUGCAUUUUUGGAAUUUUAUUUAUUUCAUACUUGAUGAUGGCUAUCAUUUUAACUGGUAUGGUGUUGUAAUGUAACCGUUCAAUUUAGCAAGGAAUGGUUUAAUGGUUAAGAGCGUUUGUACGAUCACUUCGCCCAUAUAAAGUAUAAACCUUAACGUUUAUGUUGUAGCAUGGUAACUGUGUGUCUGGAAGAAAACAAGUGGUCAUUGAUCUGAUUUGCUGUCGUUGAAUAAAUGUUCCUGAAAAUUUUCA